AAACGUCACCCCUGACACUGCUUACCGGGACUUCUGUCUUGCUCUCAUUGGGAAGACGACCCUCACUCACCUGACCAUGGAAGGGCACAUCGAGUGGGAACGCACGAUGCUGCUGCUGAUGUGUGAUCUGUUCAGAUCUCCCAAAGGCAACCUCCAGUACCUGAGGUUUGGAGGUCACUCGGCCACCCCAGAGCAGUGGGACGAUUUCUCCUUUAUUCUCAAAGCCAACCAGUCCCUGAGGCACCUACACCUCUCAGCCAGUCUGCUCCUGGACGAGGGUGCCAAGUUGCUGUAUGAGACCGUGGGACACCCAGCAUGCUUGCUGCAGAAGCUGUCGUUGGAAAACUGUCGUCUUACAGAAGCCAGUUGCAAGGAGCUUGCUGAUGUCUUGAUUGUCAGCCAGCAUCUGACACACCUAUGCUUGGCCAAGAACCCCAUUGGGGAUAAAGGGGUGCGAUUGCUGUGUGAGGGCUUGAGUUACCCCGACUGUAAACUGCAGACCCUGGUGUUACAGCAAUGCAACAUAACCAAGCAUGGCUGCAGAGCGCUCUCGGACGUUCUCCAAGGAGUCUGCAACCUCACAGACUUGGACCUGAGCUUCAACCACAUAGGCUGUGGAUUGUGGAUUCUCUGUCGGGCGUUAGAGAAUCCAGACUGCAACCUAAAACACUUACGCCUCUGGAGCUGCUCCCUUCUGCCUUUCUAUUGUCAACAUCUUGGAUCUGCUCUCAUCAGCAAUCAGAAGCUGGAAACUCUGGACCUGGGCCAGAAUCAUUUGUGGAAAAGUGGCAUAAUUAAGCUCUUUGGGUUUCUAAAACAAGGAACUGGAUCCUUGAAGACACUCAGGUUGAAGACCUAUGACACUAGUUUGGAAGUUGAGAAGCUGUUAGAGGAAGUGAAAGAAAAGAAUCCCAAGCUGACGAUUGAUUGCAAUGCUUCCGGGGAGGCAGCACCUCCGUGCUGUGACUCUUUUUGCUGAGCAGACAGGGAUUGCCAUACGAAUUACACGAGAAGUGGGAAUCUGGUCUCUAAGAUGUCUUAUGAAUGUGGGUCAGAGGGUCACAUGUUAACUCUGUGGGACUUGACACUCCUUUUCUCACUGUUUCUGGGAGAUUCUGCAAAAGCCACGCACGCCCUGCACGUCAUGCUGUGCACUUUCUCACCGGGAUAAUAAAAAGUUGGAGCAUUCUCGUUGGAGCUGUGUUUAUUGACAUGCCCAAGAGCAAACCUGCAAUACAUACGGUGCUUUGUGCUUAGUCUAGGAAGUACUACUAAGAAGUUCAGGGAUGAUUGCUUUUGUUUUUCUUUCUUGAAAUGGAGUCUCGCUCUGUCACCAGUUGGGAGUGCAG